UGCCCUUCUGAUUGUUCUCAUGAACUCUGAUAGUUAGACAGUGGCACUAAUGAUGUAAUUUUAAUUCCGCUAUAAUAAAAAUUAAAACGCAUGUAAAGCAACAUUUUCUACACAAAAUCCAUGGGUAUUUGUUUUUUUCAGCGUAUUACAACGGAACCCUUAGUGUUACAAGUCUAACUCUCUAUUAAGCGGAUUUCUAAACUUUUAAAGUAGGAGAAGAAUAUUAGUGUAAGCAGGACACCGCUCUACCGUAUAAUGCUACUUGGUCUCACCUCGGGUAAUACACUAUAAAAGGUUUUUUUAUAAUGGCUCUUUAUUACCAAUUAUUAUUAGUUAAUGGUUCAGCGUACGAAAGCCUAAACGUCAGGUCGAGAAAUUAAUCUACUUAAUCGUUUGUGUACAUUGUUGGGCAAACUACUUUGUUGAUAAAACGUAAUAUCACUAAGGUGCUAUACAAACAUUGACCAUCACGCUUACUAUUAGCCAGUACGUUACAAACCACACGUAAAACUGGUAAUUAGCUUCAUGACCAAGCUGUUGCGAGUAUACUUUCUAAAAUGCCUGAUUAUUUUAAAAUGGUGAAUGGAACAAGUGUAAAUGUGUCAGAAGACGGGCAUGGAUUCACCAAAAUUGCGUACUUUGAGGAACCGUAUUACUUAUUGGUGAUAUACUGUGUAGCGUUGUCCUUGAUCUUCGUCGCCAGCCUCGUCGGCAAUGUCCUCACAUGCAUCGUCAUCUACUACGACAGGACCAUGCACACCGCCACCAACUACUACCUAUUUAACUUGGCGGUGUCAGACCUCUUGGUAACGUUUCCCAUUUUAAUAUUCAUCUACCAAAUUCUGAGUGGAUCUGCGCUACUAGAGUUCGAGUAUGGAAAGAUGACUUGCAAAUUUAUAAUAUGCGUUCAUUUUAUGGUCGUUACCAUCCUUUGGAAUAACGGAAUUCUAGUGAUGACUGUCCUAUCCAUAGAACGAUACAUAGCUAUAUGCUAUCCCAUGAUGUUGAAAGGCACUCCUGUUUGGCGAAGAGUGGGAAAAAUAAUUGCAAUUAUCUGGGUGAUAGCUUUGUUGGAGGCUUUGGUGGAGGCAUUUUAUACGAUGGACGUCUACGAUACUGGGAACAACUUGAUUUGUUUCUUAAUACCGAACGCAUUAUCUAAACUUCUGACGGCGAUUAUGGCAGUGGUUACAUUCAUCGUGCCGCUGGGUAUAAUGACGUUUGUCUACACCAUGAUAGCUUUCAAAGUUAACAAUAACAACCCCAAAUAUCAUUUUAAAGACACGGUACUGAACAAUGGGAGCAACAGGAACAAGGUUAAUAAACUGAUCAUAGCUCUGACAGUGUCGUUUGUAAUCUGCUGGCUUCCGUACUUCCUCAUCCGAGUGAUACUCGUGGUCGUCGAUACAGAUAACUUCUCAAGAACUGAUCAGUACUGGAGUCCAGCUCAUAAGAUCGCGAUGUUCAACUGCUGGUUCGCUGCGGCCCUCAAUCCAUUGCUGUUCAGUCUCAUGUCCACUAAGUUUCGGAAAGCGCUUAAGAAACUCUGGGAGAGGCGAGUGAAGAAAAGAAAUGUUCUUACUGAAAAGUCGUUUUCGAAUACUCUGCAAACGAGCCGUAUCACAAAAAUGGGUAUCUAAAUAUUAAACAAACACGGAAUCUCAAACAAACGUGACGCCGUAGAUAUAAUGUGUGUAGUGUACGUAAUCUGUGUGUUGUGUCUGAAGGAAUUCAUUAAAAAUAUGAGAUUAAGUUACUUCUAUACUUAAUA